CACAGUAUCUCUAACAGGACACGAUGUGAAUUAUAUUGGGGUUUCUCUGAUAUAUCACACAAAUCAAUUGAACAGAUCGAUGAUAAUGUUGCAUACACUGGUGCUCUAGCUCAAAGCGCGCGUCCGGGGAACAGAUCAUUUCAUGGAUUUGCGUGCAGCAGCGAGAGAGAGGAAGACAGAGAGCUAGCGACGUGCUUGUGUAUUGUCACUGGAAGAAACAGCGGCAAAGAGCAGUGCAGAUCGACGAUUAUUCCCAUUGCAGGUCUUGCUUGACUUGUGCUACUGGGCCAUUGGACGUUCUUUGUGAAGAAACACUGAAUACUUUCAAUGGGCAGUCUCUUCUUUCAUUGGAGAGAGAAGACCAUAGCUGUGCUGGGGGAAACGGUGGAAAAUCUAGGCUGAUAAUCACAGCCCUCCAGCGGGUACAGACCUAGACAGAGGAGGCUGACUGUGUGGAUCCCGUAGCCAGACAGGGUGCACUCCUCUGGGGGAUGGAAGCAGCAGGAUUCCCCUGUGAGUGCCACAGAUCUCCAUGGUGUGAUUGUGUAGAAGAAGAAGAAUAGCCCUGCUGUUAUCUCAUCCCUCCUUUCCUCUCUUCAUCGCUCUCUCCCCCUCCCCUGCUCAUUGAGGAUGAGAGUGAGGUGGGACUACACGUCACCUGCAGUGGCGUACUCGCACAGAGAGAGGGUCAUGUUUAGGUCACUCUUCCUCUUGCUUCUCUUCCUCUCAUCCCUCUGCUCCACCUGUCUGUCCAUCCAUGCGGAGACAGCAGAGAGCCACAGUACGUUUACCUGUGAGCCAGUAGGACUGCGGAUGUGCCAGGACCUGCCUUACAACGCCACCUUCAUGCCCAACCUCCUCAACCACUACGACCAGCAGACGGCCGCGCUCGCCAUGGAGCCCUUCCACCCCAUGGUGAACCUGCAGUGUUCGGAGGACCUGAGGAUGUUCCUGUGUGCCCUCUACGCUCCAGUCUGUAUGGAGUAUGGCCGGGUGUCCAUGCCCUGCCGAGCCCUGUGCCACCGCGCCAAGAGAGACUGCCACAAACUCAUGGAGAUGUUUGGGGUGGCCUGGCCAGACGACACAGAGUGUAGCAGGUUCCCAGACUGUGACGAGCCCUACCCUCGUGCGGUGGACCUCCAGACCAGUGCAAAUCCCACCGAUAUCUCUCCCAUGUCUGUCCAGAGGGAUUUUGGCUUCUGGUGCCCCCGGAAGCUCAAAAUGGAACCCGACCUGGGCUACUCGUUCCUGGGCGUGAGGGAGUGCUCACCCCCCUGCCCCAACAUGUACUUCCAGCGCCCGGAGCUCACCUUCGCCCGCUACUUCAUUGGCGUGGUCUCCAUCGUCUGUCUCUCGGCGACACUCUUCACCUUCCUCACCUUCCUCAUCGACGUCACGAGGUUCCGCUACCCGGAGCGGCCAAUCAUCUUCUACGCCGCUUGCUACAUGAUGGUGUCGCUUGUGUUCUUCCUGGGCUUCCUAUUGGAGGACAGGGUGGCUUGCAACGCGGCGAGCCCCACCCAGUACCGGGCGGCCACCAUCACACAGGGCUCCCACAACAAGGCGUGCACGCUGCUGUUCAUGGUGCUCUACUUCUUCACUAUGGCGGGCAGUGUGUGGUGGGUCAUCCUCACCAUCACCUGGUUCCUGGCGGCCGUGCCCAAGUGGGGCAGCGAGGCCAUCGAGAAGAAGGCCCUUCUCUUUCACGCCUGUGCCUGGGGCCUGCCCGGCUGCCUCACCGUGGCCCUGCUGGCCCUCAACAAGAUCGAGGGCGAUGGCGUGAGUGGUGUGUGCUUCGUGGGCCUCUACGAUGUCAUGGCGCUGCGCUGGUUCCUGCUGGCGCCGCUCUGCCUCAACGUGGCGGUGGGUGUGUCUCUGCUUCUGACGGGGAUCGUGGCGCUGAACCGUGUACGUAUGGAGAUCCCUCUGGAGAAGGAGAACCAGGACAAGCUGGUGAAGUUUAUGAUCCGUAUCGGGGUGUUCUCUGUGCUUUACCUGGUGCCCCUGCUUACAGUCAUCUCCUGCUACCUGUAUGAACACAGCUACAGGUCUGUCUGGGAGACCACCUGGGUACAGGAGCACUGCAGAGACUACCACAUACCCUGUCCCUUCCAGGUUGAGCAGACCAGUCGUCCAGACCUGGCCCUGUUCCUCAUUAAGUACCUGAUGAUGCUGGUGGUGGGGAUUCCCUCAGUUUUCUGGGUGGGCAGCAAGAAGACCUGCUUCGAAUGGGCCAGCUUCCUACACAGACGCAGAAACAAAGAUAGUGGGGUGAAUGAGAGCAGACAGGUGCUCCAGGAGCCAGACUUUGCCCAGUCUCUACUGAGGAACCCCCACACCCCCAUCAUCAGGAAAUCACGGGGAACCUCCACCCAGGGCACCUCCACCCACGCCUCCUCCACUCACCUGGCCAUCCUGGACGAGCCUGACGACCCCAGACACGCCCCUGAUGACCGCAGACCAAUCCACUCACUGGGCCACGCCUCCUCCACUCACCUGGCCAUCCUGGACGAGCCUGACGACCCCAGACACGCCCCUGAUGACCGCAGACCAAUCCACUCACUGGGCCACGCCUCCUCCACCCGCAGCAAGGCUGGCAGCGUGCACAGCAAGACCAGUUACCAUGGCAGUCUACAUCGCUCCCGAGACGGACGCUACACCCCCUGUAGUUACCGAGGCGGCGAGGAGCGCACUCUACCCCCCCACGGCAGCACGCCCCGCCACGACCACCUGCUGUCCACUCACAGCAGCCUCCACGGACUGGAUGCCCAAUCACAGCACAGCAGCCAGUGUGAUCUCUCCGUGGCCCCACCCACCCUUAUCACCCACGGGACGAGCUUCGGCCGCGUCACUAAUAAUGGUGACAAUGGAGCCAGCGCCUGACCGGAAACAGGAAAUGAUGUCAUCACUGCUGAACAGGAAGUUGUCAGUUGUCCCGCUCCCCACCUUUGACAUACACACAGGUCGCUCCCAUUCAGGAGGAAUGUGUGAGAGAGGAAGUGGGGCCUUCAGUUUGACUGACAGAUGGAUCACUCCUGGACAGCUUUUCACAGAGGUUGCUAAGUAGCGAGAUGCUAACCGUCAAUCAGUCAGUUGGACUUGGAUUGGACUCUAUGGAGGGAAUGGCUUCAUGGCCAGAAAGCCAGCCCACUCUGAAUGAGGGGGGUUGUGUGUGUACUCUGAUACACACCAACAGACGCAGAGAUGAGCUGAUAAGGUCUACUCUGUGUGUGUUACGGUGCUCUUUUGCUGUGGUUGUGAAACAAGAAUAUUAUAAUUUUUUAUACUGUCAAGAUUGGCUGUGAGUACUGCUGAACAUAUGAGCGUGUGUGUACUUGUAGUGCAGUACGUUAAACAGCACUAUACUCCCACCUGGUGGAGAGAAACUAUAGAAGCUAGGAGAGAUCAAUGCCUAGGCCCGACUUCCUAGGCACUCCUGUAGGUCAGUAAGGAUGAAUAGAGUUCAAUAAUAAGGUAAUUCCUUAAACUUGUCUUAUGAUAUGAUAGGUGAAAUUGUUUUGGGGCUGUAUUGCUUCAGGAGUGCGUAGGGAAUAGUUGCUAGGGAUCGAUUUGUGAUUCAGAAAGUUAGGGAAAAAUAGGGAAGGACAGAUGGAGGUUGGAGUAGUGCUCAUUUUGCAGCUGCUUCAGAGCUAAGCAGAGGAAUGUGGGGGACUUUUUAAAGGGGAUGGGAGGGGGGGUGUAUCCGAAGUCUUUGCUAUUGACAAGCGCUGUGUGAAACAACAGACGAUCUGUACCCCUAACACUGGAAGAAAGGACUACUGG